UCGGGUCAUCUCUUCUUCCUCUUCUACAUCUCUACAAAGUCAGCAUUCACAACGACUCCAUCCUCACCUGAACUUCUCUUCACAUAUCACAAUAUGUCUGACCAGCUCGACGACAAGUUCAUGAACUCCGGUGGCGGUGGUAGCGCACCACCUCCCAAAGCAUCGGGCGACAAGGGCGAUUCAUCAAAGAAAGACGGGGACAAGAAAGACGGCGGCAAAGGCGAGGAGAAGAAAGGUUGAGAGGCAUUUGGGAUGAGGUGGCUAGUAGCGGGGUUGGAGCUCGUCGAUCAGGGACGCCUCGGUUGACGCGUCGGAACGCGCGAUGGAAUGCGCGAAGAGCACAAGCACGUAAUCACGAGAAUUAAACAGCUUGAUCGAAGGCAAUGACUGAAGAUUGAUGCCAAGUG